CCUGGAAUCAAGCUCGCGGCUUUUUUCCCUAAAGUAUUCACGGAAAGGUGGUGUCUGAGGAUUCUGCCCACAUCGGCAUAUAUUCCUCGCUUCCACGAUAUAAGAUAUUCCCUUCUGUCAUUCUAGGGCCCCACUGGCUACAUCUACGCUGCUACACAUAUAUCUCCGCUCCAAUAUGGCCGACAACCUUGGAGCUGUUGCGCAGCUCUUAGAAGCAAGCUUGGACCCGAGACAAAAUAAACAAGCCGAACUUGCUCUGCGUCAAGAAGAACAAAAGCCGGGCUAUUCCUUGCAGCUGCUCCAAAUCACGGCGUCUGCUUCCUAUCCCUACAAUACCCGCCUCGCUAGUGCACUAUGCUUCAAGAACUUUAUCAAACGAAACUACACAGACGAGGAUGGAAACUAUAAGCUCCCCAUUGACGAAGUGACGACCAUAAAGCAGGAGCUGAUCAGCCUGAUGAUUUCGGUCCCUCCGGGCAUACAGACCCAGUUGGGAGAAGCUGUCAGUGUGAUCGCCGAUAGUGAUUUCUGGGAAAGAUGGGAUACUCUAGUGGAUGAUCUUGUUUCAAGACUCCAACCGAAAAACCCUGCAGUCAACAACGGCGUCCUACAAGUUGCCCAUUCUAUCUUCAAGCGGUGGCGCCCCUUGUUCCGGUCUGAUGACCUUUAUAGAGAAAUCAACCAUGUCCUGGAUAAAUUUGGAAACCCCUUCUUGGCUCUUUUCGAGGGUCUAGACUCAUAUCUUGACGAGAACAACGCCAAUAAGGACAACCUCGCCCAGGGCUUCACACAGUUCAACUUAAUGAUCAAACUUUUGUAUGAUCUUUCUUGCCACGACCUUCCUCCGAUGUUCGAAGAACAAAUUUCAGGGAUAGCUACUCUUUUGCUCAAGUACCUCACGUACGACAACCAAUUACUUCAUACCGAUGAUGAUACCGAGGCUGGUCAAUUAGAAUUCGCGCGGGCUGGAAUCUUCGAAGUCCUCACACUCUGGGUACAAAAGUAUAUGGAUGAGUUCAAGCCUCACAUCGAACAAUUCGUGGGUAGCUCUUGGAGCUUCUUGGCUACAAUCGGCCAAGAAACCAAGUACGACAUCUUGGUCAGCAGAGCACUACAGUUCCUGACCUCAAUUGCGGGCAUGCCUGAACAGGCAGCUUUCUUCCAAGACGAGGCUACCCUAAGCCAGGUUAUCGAAAAGGUCAUCUUGCCCAACGUGAGUUUGCGUGAGUCUGAUGAGGAACUUUUCGAGGAUGAACCCAUUGAGUUUAUCCGACGAGACCUUGAAGGAUCAGACAGCGAGACGAGACGACGUGCGGCCACCGAUUUUCUGAGGAAACUGGCCGAGAAAUUUGAAGGCUCCGUUACCAAGGUUGUCCUGCGCUACACUGAAGGCUACCUUGCUCAGUACACUAGCGACCCGGCUUCCAACUGGAAGGCUAAGGAUACUGCGACUUACCUCUUCUCAGCAAUUGCGGCGAAGGGCGUUGCUACUGCUAGCCACGGAGUGACUGCCACUAACUCACUAGUCAGCAUCACCGAUUACCUUCAGAAACAUCUUGCUGCGGAUCUGGUCGCUCAGGAUGGUGUAAAUCCCAUCCUCAAAGUUGACGCUAUCAAAUAUCUGUAUACUUUCAGAAGCAUCAUCACCAGAGAGCAAUGGCAAGAAGUGCUUCCCUUAGUUGUGAACCACCUGGGUUCUGCGGACUAUGUUGUCUACAGUUACGCAGCAAUUGCUGUUGAAAGAGCACUUUAUCUCACAGACAACCAGGGCCAGCCAAUAAUUGCACCUGACACAAUCACACCUUUGGCCAAGGAAUUGUUAUCCCAUAUCUUUACAUUGAUUCAGAAGGAUCCAGCUCCCGAGAAAGUACAAGAGAACGAGUUCCUGAUGAGAUGUGCUAUGAGGGUGCUGAUCGUCGUCAAGGAGGGCGUUGUUCCCUUCACAGACAUCGUUCUUCAGAAUUUGAUCAGCAUUACUGAAGUCAUCAGCAGAAACCCGAGUAACCCUAGAUUUUACUACUUCCACUUCGAAGCUCUGGGUGCUUUCAUCCGUUUUGCUGCACCGGCAAAUCCUGAUAAACUUGAGCAAGCUCUGUAUCCUCCUUUUGCAGGAGUACUCCAAGGGGAUGUGCAAGAAUUUAUGCCCUACAUAUUCCAACUCUUCGCGGCAUUACUCGAAGCCAAUCCUUCGGGUUCAUUGCCAAAUUACUAUCAGAGUCUGGUUGCUCCUAUCCUCAUGCCUGUCAUGUGGGAAUCCAAAGGCAAUAUUCCUGCGCUCGUGCGACUCCUUUCGUCCGUAAUUGCCCGCGGUUCCCAGUAUAUCCUGGAGAACCAGCAGCUUUCGAAUGUCUUGGGUAUCUUCCAAAAAUUACUUUCGACUAAAGCGAAUGAAAGCUAUGGCUUUGACCUGUUGGAAUCUGUUGUCGCAAAUUUUCCUCCAAACGCGCUGGAGCAGUACUUUAUCUCAAUCAUGCAGGUCAUUCUCACGCGACUCCAGAAUUCCAAGACCGAAAAUCUCUCCUUGAGAUUUGUCCGAUUCUACCACUUCAUUUCUGCCCAUGAUGAGAAGGGAUAUAGCGCCGACUUCUUCAUUCAAGUCACAGACAAAGUGCAAGAAGGCCUCUUCACGCCACUCUAUCUGAACAUAAUCCUCCCUGAUACGCAGAAGCUUGCUCGUCCGUUGGAUCGCAAGACUGCAGUGUUGUCCUUCACCAAGACGCUUGCUAACUCUGAGGCCUUCGCAACCCGAUACAAGAAAGGAUGGGCCUUUACGUGUGAGGCCUUGCUUAAGCUUCUUGAACUUCCUCCACUUCCAGCGAGCAAGGACGACAUCAUCACUGAACAUGACGUCGAAGAUAUGGCGUUCGGGGUAGGAUUCACAGCCCUAAACACUAUACGGCCACAGACGAGGGACCCAUGGCCGGAGACGGGGGCCGACCUCAAGGCUUGGGUUGGCCAAUACCUGAAGGAAGCCGACAAGUCUAACGGACGGGUCUCUCAGUUUGCGCAGGAACGUCUAAGCAAUGAGGCCAAGACGGUCCUCGGUAGCUACAUGGCAUGAGCCUAAACAGAAGGUUUCAAGCAGUCUCUCUAGCAUGAUAGUUAUUUCUGCCUCGGGGUCGGUGAUUCCGGCCCACAUACUCCCGGUUAACAUGGGUAGCCUAGCCCUGAUAUCCG